AUGGGCCCUUAUGUGCCCCCGGGCCAGUCACCUCCUUUCGAGGUAGUCGACGAAUACCACCAUGGCGCAUGGAUAAUCAUCUCCGCCGCGCUGGGGCUCGUGGUCACGCUCGUCUGCUUUUUGAUCAGGCUGUAUGUUCGGCUCAUGCUGAUUCCGCCGUUUGCGAGGGAUGAUUAUGUGCUAUUGGGGGCUACGAUCAUGGCGAUAGUACAGGCCUCCCUGAUAUUCUACGCAUGUUCGCGCGGGUUCGGCACAUCCAUCAUUUUUCUAGAUGAUACCCGCCUCAACCAGAUCCAGGCUUUAAUUGCAAUAAGCGACAUCUUCGCCCUGGUCAUUAUCUACCUCUCAAAAUGCUGCGUCGUCACUAUCUAUCUCCGUCUUACGCCUCAAAAACCACAUAAUAGGGCCUCGUGGGCUACGUUGGCUCUGUGCACGGCGUGGCUCAUUCCAGCUAUUUUUAUCUUACUGGUCAAUUGUGAGCUGAACAAGCCUUGGAGGUCACAGGGUGGACAGUGUCUAAAUUUGUUCAAACGCUGGCAAUUCAUCGCAGCCGUCGACGUGAUUACCGAACUCAUAAUCUUUUUCCUGGCAGUAAUCCUACUAAAAGGCCUGUUCAUGUCGAUGAAACGCAAACUGGCCAUAGGCUUCGCAUUUAUAUUCCGAUUCCCUCUGAUAAUAUUCACCCUCCUCCACAUCUCAAGCCUCCACUCCGCUUUAUCGGAAACAGACGUCACCCUCGCCGCCGUCGAGCCCACUCUCUGGCUACAGGUCGAAGUCCACUACGCCCUCGUUGCAUGCAGUGUCUUCUGUCUACGUCCUUUCAUGGCGGCUGUGAGUACCAAUUACGGUACGGCGGGUGACUCGAAUUUGGAAAGUAGUGCGUCGGCAUCGAGGAGCAAGAGCUCGAAGUCGGGGUCGGGGUCGGGUUCGGGGAAUGGCUCGAGGAGUAGGAGUUUGUGUCGGGCUCAGAGGAAGAGGGCAGGGACGGAGAGUAAUACUAGGGGGCUGAGGUCGGCGUCGAAGGAGGAGUUGUGUGAUGGGAAUGUGCAGGAUGGGAUGGGGAGGGAGUGGAAGAAGCAGGUUAAGAAUACUCGAGAGGAAGCGAGGGCUCCGAUAAGACGGUCUAUGUUUGCGAUCAGCGAGCCUAGCAUGAAGAACUUUUCGCGGCUGGAUAAAGGGAAAGAUGGGCGUGGGUCGGGGUCGGGGUCGGGGUCGGGGUCGGGACCGGGUCUGGACGGGGAUGCCAUUGAGCUGAUACCUCAGACACAUCGGGAUAGUCGAGGGGCGAGUGAUGGACCGGAGAGUGGGCCCGAUCCGAUGGUUAUUCGGAAGGAGGUCCAGUACUCGGUUCAGUACGAGUAUGAUGAGGCAAGACGGAGGGGACAGGGGCCGUCGAAGAGAGUAUCUAAUGAUGCUAUGGCCUAUGUAUAA